GUAGGCUCUUGAUCUGUUCUUGGGAGUGCGAGCUUUGAACUCCGUUGUGACGACGUGAGUUUUUGGCAUUUCGUGAUGGCGUCUUGUUGAUCGAUCCGUGCGCGCGCAAGAUGAGCGUACCGUACCUGUUCAGGUGCCCGAUCAGCCUGGACAUCUUCACGGACCCGGUGACGCUGUCCACGGGCCAGACGUACGACCGGCCCUGCAUCGAGAGGUGGCUUGACGCCGGCCACCGCACCUGCCCGGUCACAAUGCAGCCGCUCGGCGACACCGUGCUCGUGCCGAACCGUACCCUGCGACAUCUCAUCGAGCGCUGGCUCUCCGCCGACCACCAGCUCCCCGAGCAGGCGGUCACCGACGACGCGGAGGAGCCAUCGCUUGCGGCGCUCAAGCGCUGCCUCCAGUCCGGCGCCGACGGCAAAGGCAAGGCGGCCGCGCUCAAGAAAGUAAUGACGCUGGCGUCGGAGUCGGACGUCGGCCGCGCGUGCAUGCUCCAGUUGGGGUUCCUCCCCGUGCUGCUGCAGCUCGUCUUCCACACGCCAACGCCAUGGGAGUGCCACUUGGAGGAGGAGGAGGAGCUCGCGCUUCAGUGCGCGCUCAGCCUCUUGCCGUCGAGCCCCGCCGCGCCGCAGCUCGACUGCCUCAACAUGCUCCGGAAGGAGGCAAACCUGGCGUCCUUCGUGCGGCUCCUGGAGCGCGGCCGCGAACGGGCCAAAGCAAGCCUGUGCCGCCUCCUGGAGACCAUCGCCACGGCCGACGCGACGCAGAUGCUGGCGCUCGUCGCCGCAGCCUCUCCGCGCGUAUGGCAGGGGCUCCUGCCACUCCUGCAGCACGACGAUGAGCGCGUCUCGGGAGCCGCGGUGCGCGCGGUGGCGGCGGUCUGCGCGGCCGAGCCGGCGUGCGCCAGCGCCAUCCGCCACGGCGCGGUCGGCGCGCUCUUCAAGCUCCUGGCGUGGGCGCCGUCCGAGAAGAGAGGCGGAGCGGCCGCGUCGACCGCGCUGGCGGCGAUAGAAUCGCUGGCCUCGUCAGAGGCCAGAAGCAGGGCGGUGGCGCAGGAGCCGGGCGCGGUGCGGGUGCUGGUGAGGCACGUAUUCAUGAUGUCGUCGAGGAACGAGGGCAGCGAGCACGCGGUGGCGGCGCUGCUGGCCGUGUGCAGGGACUCUCGUGCGGCGCGGAGCGAGGCUGCCAGCGCCGGGGUGGUGACGCAGGUGCUGCUGCUGCUGCAGAGCCAGUGCGGCGCCAGGGCCAACGCCAAGGCGAGGGCGCUGCUGAAGCUGCUCAAGUCCAUGUGAAGCAAUUAAUUUAGGUGUUUAAGUUGCUAGAUGUUCUUGUAAGCUGUAACUUCUGCAUCAAGAAUGUCUGCUAAUUUCAUGUCUUAACCAAGGUCGGAGACGAUGAUCCGGGAGAUUAAACUCAGGUUAUUUCAUGGGUGAUAGAAGGGAUUAGUAGAUUGUUUAAAUGUAUUUGUUUUAAAAACC